AACAACCUCCCCACCCUCCUGUCAGAUCUUAUUUCUCCAAAGCCUCAUCUUCUUCACGGCAGUCGGCCUUGUCUUCAGAUUAUCAACCCUCAUUUUCAUCUCCCAUCAUCCUCAUCGCAUGUUCCUUCAACCCUAAUUUGCUGCAGUGACUACACUACCUCGACAUCGGCAAACAUCGGAGCAGAAGAUGUUUUUUUGAGUGAUUUCCAUCAUAGGGGGACACACCAGUGCUGCCAAACGCUGGUAAGGAAGGCAAUGCAACGCCCAAAGAUGUACCCAAGGCAUGAAAACCGCCGUUCAAGGUGGUGCAGCCUCCCAAGUCUGAUAGCCCCGAUUUCAUGCGGCGUUGGAGGGAAAAAAAGGCGCUUUAUGAUGCUGAAAACAAAAAGAUUGCGGACAGCCAUAAUGUGCAUAAGGAAGGGUGUGCCCCGGUGCAUUCUACUACUAUACAUACACAUAUACAUACAAAUCAUGCCGCCGGCCGUCAAUAUCGUCGCCGCCGAGAAGGGGGCCGCCGUCGACAUUCCCGCCAGGCUCACACGUCAAGUAUUCAUAUGCUGCAUCAUUGCCGCCUUUGGCGGUUUCAUGUUUGGCUACGACAUUGGUAUCUCAGGAGGAGUAACGUCGAUGGACGAUUUUCUGAAGAAGUUUUUCCCGGGGGUGUACGUGAAGAAGCACGCGGCGAAGGAGGACAACUACUGCAAGUUCAACGACCAGUACCUGCAGCUCUUCACCUCCUCCCUCUACCUCGCCGCCAUGGUCGCCAGCUGGGUCGCCUCCAAGCUCUGCACCGCCUUCGGCCGCAAGCCCGUCAUGCAGUCCGCCUCCUUCUUCUUCCUCGUCGGCGCCGUCCUCAACGCCGCCGCCGCCAACCUCGCCAUGCUCAUCGCCGGACGCCUCUGCCUCGGCAUCGGCGUCGGCUUCGGCAACCAGGCGGUGCCGUUGUUCAUAUCGGAGAUGGCCCCACCGAAGAUUAGAGGAGCCCUCAACAGCUGCUUUCAACUCCUGAUCACAAUCGGCAUUCUCUUUGCCAAUUUCAUCAACUACUUCACUUCCAAGAUGAGCGGAGGGUACGGGUGGAGGAUUUCCCUCGGCGGGGCCGCCAUCCCCGCGCUCAUCCUCGGCCUCGGCUCCCUUGCCAUCCUCGAGACCCCCACCAGCCUGGUCGAGCGCGGGAGGACGGAGGAAGGCCGGGACGCGCUCCGGCGGAUCCGCGGCACGGACAGCGUCGAGGCGGAGCUCGGCGAGAUCCUGCGGGCCACGGAGGCGGCCCGCGGGAUCCGGCACCCGUUCGCCAACCUGAUGACGAAGCGGUCGAACCGGCCGCAGUUCUUCUGCGGCACGAUCAUCGCGGUGUUCCAGCAGUUCACCGGGAUGAACGUGAUCAUGUUCUACGCGCCUGUCCUGUUCCAGACCAUCGGCCUCGGGGCCGACGCGUCCCUCAUAUCCUCCGUGAUCACCGGGGGCGUCAACGCCGCCGCCACCUUCAUCACCAUCGGCUUCGUGGACCGCCUCGGGAGGAAGUUCCUCCUCGUGGAGGGCGCCCUCCAGAUGCUCGUCUGCCAGUGCCUCGCCGGGGCGAUCCUAAUGAAGCACCUCCACUCCACGGACGCCAUCCCGAGCCACUACGCGGUCAUGCUGCUGAUCGUGAUCUGCGUCUUCGUGGCGGGCUUCGCGUGGUCCUGGGGCCCGCUCGGGUGGCUGAUCCCGAGCGAGAUCUUCUCGCUCGAGACCAGGACCGCGGGGUUCUUCUUCGCGGUGAGCGCCAACAUGGUCUGCACCUUCGCCAUCGCGCAGGCGUUCCUCACGAUGAUGUGCCACCUCAAGGCGUGGACCUUCUUCUUCUUCGCGGCGUGGAUCGUCGUCAUGGGGGUCUUCUCGUGCUUUUUCUUGCCUGAGACAAAGGGGAUCCCCAUUGAUGAGAUGAAUGAGAGGGCUUGGAAGAAGCACUGGUACUGGAAGAAGUAUAUUAGAGAUGAUGAGAGAGUUUCUACUCUUGCUGAUGAACAGUGAGGUUCAAUUUAUUUAGCACAGUGGUUUUUGCCUGUUCUCCAAUUAAUCAAUUUUAUUAUUCUAGGGGGUGUCAUUUUUAUUAUUAUUGUAGAUUCAAGUUGGCCAGUGAUUUUUGCAUAUUCUCUCCUUAUUCUUAUUUACUUUUUUUUUUCCAAUUCAAAUUGUAGGACUUACCUUAGACUCGGCUAGAGCAUUAUCAUCCCAAAAGUGUUCUAUUUCUAAUGUGUAAAAUCUAUUUCUUUUGUUUUAUCUCUUCCUUCAAUUUUUUUCCGACCAUACUGCUAUACAAUCCUUUCACCAUAAAUUAAGAAGAUUUAA